AUGAGUAGCAGCACUGAUCAACAUUUAUCCAAAGCCUCUUCCACCGAGGACGUUCCUCUUCUUCACGGAAGUCUCUUGAUCGGGGAUGCUAAUAAUAAUAAUAAUAAUAAUAAUGAAAAGAUGAUCAGCCUCUCUCCUCAACCUCCCAAAUUUGAUGAGAAAGAUCAAGUCGAGGUUCCUCUCAAUCAAUUCCUCACCUUGCUCACAGCCUACGACAAGUAUUCCAAUGUAUUGGAUGAUAUCAGUAGUGGUAACAAGGACAAAGAGCCUCCAAGAAAAACCAUGAUUCAAGAGAUGGACAUUGAAGGAAAAACAGAAAAGGAUAAGGUGAUUCUUCAAUGUAAAAUUUGUAUUUUGGUAUUGGUUGAUCGAUACACCAAGUUUAAACUCUUUGAUGUCAAUGACAAGUUAACAGUUUUGGGAUAUACAGUCAGUAAGGAAAAGAAUAUCAACAAGAAUGCUGCCUCAGAAGAUGUCAUCACCAAUUACUUUGAAACUGAAGAGGAAGAGGAAGUUCCAUUAGAGAAUAACGUUGGAUUUAUUGGUGUCUUUGAUGGUGCUUACUGCUUGCACACCAAUGAUCGUGGUCGUUAUCAUGUCACACUCAAUCUUUGUGUUCCUUAUCAAUCAGAUCAGAAAAAGUCAUUAGAGAUUAUAUUUCCUUUCUGUGCACCACGUAAUCAUUUACGUCGAUUUGAGAUUGUUGGUGAUUUCUAUGAUCUCAAUGUAGAGCCAUCGACACAUUUCACCACCAAGUUUGAAGAAAAUUCUUCGAAACAACGAUCAACAAUUUUGACCGAUUGUUCAUUCCCUCCAACCUAUCGUCUCUCUCUCUAUUGGAAACGAUCUGAAAAGGUCAUUCAAGAAAUCUUGAAAAACACACUCAAGAAUGAGAAGAAGGAAAAAAAGGAAGAAAAGAAGGAAGAGAAACAAUUGAACAUUACUGUGGAACAGCAUGUGUUGCAUAGUGUGGGAGGUGGUCUUAUUUCCACCUCUGCUGAUUUGGACUAUACCAUUGUCAAUGGAUCUGUAAAUACUUUCUACGUCUUGCUUCAAAUGAAAGACUCUCCACAUGAUAAAUUUGGCAAGGACACAUGUCCAUUGAGAGUCAUUCGUGUGGAUGGUCGCAAUAUCAAGAAUUGGGAGAUUAAGAAAUUGAAAUCUGCUUCCACUGCAACAACUGCCUCUACUCCAACCCAAAGUAUAGCGCCUUUCAAUACCGACAGUCAAAGUGAAAGUAAUUAUUCCAUUCAGUUAUUGAAUUCGGCUCACUCAGAAGGUAUUAACUCGUUCAUUCAAACAGCUUCAGCUUAUGCAGAAUACUUUUUGAAAGUGACCUUGCAUUGUGGUGUUGAAGGUAGCUACCAACUCAAACUUUUAACAGAGAAGGAUAUGAAAUCAGAAAGUUGUAAGGUUCAUCUUCCAACAUUUUCAUGUAUGAAUGUCAACAGAGAUAAGGGGUUCAUUGGUGUUGAAGGAAUCACCAAUGUUGAGAUCAAAGAUCUAAAAAAUGUUGGCUUAACCAAGUUAGCAACCACUGAACUUCCAUCGAAAAUCACCUCCAAAACAUCUGAUUCAUUAUUAUUUGGCUACAAGUUCUUGCAAUCGCUGGGCACUGAUAUUUUCCUUGAUAUCAAGAAACACGAUGAUGUACAAGUCUUGGUUGCAGUGAUUGAAGAAGCCGUUUAUCAAAUUACCUAUUCUGAAAGUGGUUACUUGUUUUACAGAGUAGCCAUGAAAGUGAAAAACUCGUCUCAAAAUUACGCCAAGGUCGACCUUGUUCCAAAAGAUAUUCAAUAUUCUCUCUACUCGACAAGUGUCAAGGGAGAAAUUGUAAGACCUGCGAUUGAUAAGGAAGGUAAAAUUCUCAUUCCUUUGAAGAGAGGAACCACUGAGAUGACCUUCACAGUAGAGAUUUACUAUACAGUUCCAGUGAAAGAAGUGAUGAAAGAGAAUGGAAAGGUUGAAUUCUUACUUCCAAAAUUUAACAUUCCAACCAAUAGAUCGUAUUAUUAUGUCUAUCUUCCUGAAAAUUACAAUUAUGGAGAGUUUGAAGGAUCCAUGAAGGAAGUAUCCAACUUUGACAAACAACCCACUGUGGAAGAUUUUAUUUCGCAAGAAACUUCACAAUCUGGUAUCGCUUACCCAAGAAGAGCUGAAAGAAGGUUGCAAUCACAAAACAAUUACAUUCCCAUGCCACAAAUGCAAACGUUGUUGAAUUCUUUACCGCAAAGCAAUUACAAUGCCAUGCCACAAAUGCAAUAUCAGCAACAGCAAGCCAUGCCAGUACCACAAAUGCAAUACCAAGCCAUGCCACAACCCUCCAUUCCAAAAGGAAGAAUAAGAAGAGCUGCCAGUGAAGAAGAUAUACGUAACCUAAGCGAUGAUGAAGAUGAAUUCGAAGAAGAAGAAAAUGCUUACAGCGACAGCGAAAGUGAUAGUGAUAGCGAUGAAGAAGGUGUCAAUGACGAACCAACACAACCCUCCACUGGAGUCGGAUUAGUGAGUGGUGUCAUGCCUGUGAAAUUAACUCCUGUCACAAAGGGAAAGAUUUUCCUCUUCCAAAAAUUACUCAUCUCUGAGAAUGAGGAUCAUUUGAAACUCGCAGUCGAGUACAAGAAACAACAAGAAUCCAUCCUCACCAAGAGAACUCUCCUUCCAAUUAAUGAGAUCUUUUAUGGAAGUGUAGUAGUUGUCAUUUGUAUUGUGUUCUACUUGUUAUUCCGUCUUGUCGCAUACUUUUUGAAUUAG